UCAGGGGGCGGGGAUGUGCGUCAGGGGGCGGGGCGUCGGGGGCUGGGCGCGGAGAGGAGGCGGGGGCCAGCCAUGGAGGGCCGGCUGCCCUACGACGACUUCCCGGUGGUUUUCCUGCCGCCGUACGAGAGCCCGCCCGCCUGGGUGCCCCCGCACGAGAGGGUUUAUCACCCGGACUACAACAACGAGCUCACCCAGUUCCUGCCCCGCACCAUCGUCCUGAAGAAGCCGCCCGGGGCGCAGCUGGGCUUCAACAUCCGCGGAGGAAAAGCCUCGCAGCUGGGGAUCUUCAUCUCUAAGGUGAUCCCCGACUCGGACGCACACAGAGCUGGGCUGCAGGAAGGGGACCAGGUGCUCUCGGUGAACGAUGUGGAUUUCCAGGACAUUGAGCACAGCAAGGCUGUGGAGAUCCUGAAGACAGCCCGUGAAAUCACCAUGCGUGUGCGUUACUUCCCCUACAAUUACCAGAGACAGAAGGAAAGGACUGUUCACUAGUCGGCAGCUGCCUGCGUGGGCUCCAGAGCAGCCGUCCUCUCCAAAAAACCUCUCCACUACUUCUCCUCAACACGUGACGUGACACAUCAAGUUUCAGCUGUCACUGAAGGUACAACUGUGUCCUGUUGGCUGCACAGGCGUCAUCGUGGAUGAACUCGGGAUGCCAACAGCAUCUUCUUUAGCUGGACAAUGGAUGGGUCUUUAGUCUGUACUGCUGGAAGCGGGUGGUGGAACAAGCUGAUGGUGCUGAUGUGGAAGCAGGUACCCGAGGGCAGCCUCUCCAACAAGAUCGGUGCUUCUCUUCUAUAGUAGGACUUAAUGUACAGGAGCGUUGUGCUCGUUGUUGUUGGGAUGUAAAGCCAAGAGGGUCUGAGUGUGUUUGAGCAGAGCCUUUGUCCUCCAAGAGGUCAAACUGUUCACUUCUCUGGUGACAUGAAAUUCCUUCUCCACUGUCCUACUACCUCUGUUCUACACUGCUGGGUUUGCUCGGGACUCGAGGAACAGGAGUAAAAUCCACUCAAGCUCGCAUACAUCUUUAGCUGCACUAGUUUGUAUCUCUUUGCUGCUUAACAGCCCCCGUGAUACAGGACCAAGAUGCUCAGAGCAGGUUUCUGAACCGCCGAGGGCACUUGGCCGGGUUCCCUCAGGUGUGGUGCUUGUGUUAAAGGUUGCACUCAGCCCGCUUCCCUCACUUGGCACAGCCCUGUCCCUGCCAUGUGCUCCCCCAGAACUCCCCCUGACUGAGGGUUACACUUCUCCCCUUCUCUGUUCUCCAAGAGAAUGGAGGGAACUUGCUGUGCCCUGCGCUGAGAGAGCACAGAUGAAAACGUGCCACUUACCAGCAAAUCUGGAUGCUUCACAUUGUAAAUGGCAUCAGGACAGCCCGUGCUCUGGCCUGUGCCAUGUUUGCCGCUUAUCUGUAAUAACUGAAAUAAUAAAGUGAGCUCAGUGCCAUUCA